GGAGUCAGUCAGUCAGCGCUCAGCCGCCCAAGAGAGAGGAGUUGGAGGAAAGAAGAAGGAAAUAAAGAGUGCGAAGGAAAGGCUGAUAAAUAGAGGAGAUAGAGAGAAUAUUGAUAAACGAGGAAAUAAGAGAGAAAAUAUAACAAGAGACGAGGAGAGCUGAUUGGUCAAGGCCGUGACGUCACCACUUCCCCGGCACCUGAUUGGCCAAGAGAAGCAUCACGUGACCAUGCGCUGGUGACGUCACGAAUCCAAGAUGGCGAUCGAGGGGAUUGUGGGAUUAUUUCUGCUGCUGCUGCUUGACGGAGCGGGUGGAGACGAACCAGUAGCGAUGGGGGUAGAAGUUCCGGGCGUGACAGGUGUGGGGGGAGCUGCCAACCUUACCUGUCACCACCACCUCCCCACGGCACACCUGUACACGCUGAAGUGGUACCAUAAUGACUCAGAAUUUUACAGAUAUGUUCCCAGUGAUGCCCACAGCCCCGUGUUUACCAGGAGUGUGGUGCAGUUCAAGGCGCAGGAGGCGUGGCGCGGGGAGAGGGGCGUCACACUCACUCUCUCGUCUCUCACUUCCUCCGCUUCAGGAGAGUACAAGUGUGAGGUGAUAGCAGAACAUCCCUCCUUCAGGACAGAGACAAGGGCUGCGUCUAUGCGCGUGGCAGGUGAAGAGAGGGGUAACCACACCUGCAAAUACUGGACUUCCUCUGCACGUGUCUGAAGAGCAGGUAAGGAGAGGAGGGGGGUACUGAGGGUGGAGUGUGGAGCAAGGGUGGCAGGGAGGGAGGUGAAGACCCGCUCCACCCUCUCCCUCACCCCCCUCUCCACCCCCACCAUGACACCACCACCAGCGCUGCCACUACUACUACUACUACUACUACUACUACUACUACUACUACUACUACUACUGUUGUUAUUUUGUGUAUGGCAACAACUCUACAACAACAAUUACUAGUACCACUACUACUACAACAACAACUACUACUACUACUACUACUACUACAAUUACUGGCAUAGUCACCCCCCUCUACUCCGAACCGACAACCACCAUCACCGCCUAACGUGUCCAUCCAAAUACCAAACAACAGUAAUAAUAAUAAUAAUAAUAAUAAUAAUAAUAAUAAUAAUAAUAAUGAUAAUAAAUGGUGGAAGGUUUUAUGAAAUUAUUAUUAUUAUUGUUUAUUUUUAAAGACUCAUUUGAAUUCCCGUACCGACGCCAUCUUGUUUUCUUUUCGUUCCUUUAAGAAGAAAUAUGUACUGUAAAAUUCAAUAAUAAAAACGGUGGUAGUAACAUUUUA